AUGGUGCACCUGUCGCGACCGCACACGAUCCACGAUGACUACGCCGCGACGCGUGGGUUACGACGAUCGAACGCGGGGGUGGUGACGACGUUCUGCGUCCUCUCGGGCGUCGCGUCGGUGAUGUACGCGUACAUCGCGCGACGACGCGCGGGGACGGCGGCGACGGCGGCGACGGCGAAUCCAUCCGCGCGCUCGAAGACGUACGACGGGACGCGGUCGCGGAAACACAGAGACACGUGGAGGUCGACGUGGGAUAAAGGGACGCCACGACAAUACGUGAAGAACUUACAACACGAUCCGGCGGGGAAACAAUGA